AUGUCACUGCCGGCGUGGAGGCACACGGCCUCGAAGGCCUUCAGGCCUCUGCCGAGAUACGCGAUCCGCAGCCAGAUCAGGGCGGUUUCGUCGGCUGUGCGGGAGAGCCAGCAGCGGCUCCUUUCCUCGCACCUCCAGGAUGCCGACCCAGUCAUGUACGAGAUUGUCGAGAACGAGAAACAAAGGCAAAAGCAAUACAUCAACCUGAUUCCUUCUGAGAACUUCACAUCCCAGGCCGUGCUGGAUGCGCUUGGAAGCCCCAUGCAGAACAAGUAUUCAGAGGGCUACCCAGGAGCGAGGUACUACGGCGGGAAUGAGUUCAUCGACCAAUCCGAGCGCCUCUGCCAACAGCGGGCCCUCGAGACCUUUGGCCUGGAUGAAAAGCAAUGGGGAGUCAAUGUUCAAGCGCUCUCGGGUGCCCCGGCAAACUUAUACGUCUACUCGGCCCUGAUGAACACCCAUGAUCGGCUGAUGGGUCUCGAUCUGCCCCAUGGAGGGCAUCUGUCUCACGGCUACCAAAUACCCACCAAAAAAAUAUCCUUCAUCUCCAAAUACUUCGAGACGGUCCCAUAUCGUCUAAACGAGGAGACUGGGUAUAUAGACUACGAAAAGCUCGAAGAGCUCGCUCUUGUCUACAGGCCCAAGAUCAUUGUUGCAGGGGCUAGCGCCUACAGCCGCCUUAUCGACUACAAACGCAUGAGGGAGAUCUGCGACAAGGUCAACGCCUAUCUGCUGGCAGACAUGGCGCACAUCUCGGGUAUGGUGGCUGCUAAGGUCCUUCCGGGUCCGUUCGGCUACGCAGACCUUGUCACGACGACGUCGCACAAGUCGCUCCGCGGUCCUCGCGGAGCCCUGAUAUUCUUCCGCCGCGGCGUCCGGUCAACAAAUCCCAAGACCAAGCAGGAUGUGCUGUAUGACCUGGAGAACCCUAUCAACCAGUCAGUGUUCCCUGGCCACCAGGGAGGUCCGCAUAACCACACGAUUGCAGCCCUCUCGGUUGCGCUCAAGCAGGCCCAGGCGCCCGACUUCCGGGCGUACCAGGAGCAGGUUCUGGUCAACGCCAAGGCCUUUGCGCGCCGGCUGGGCGAGAAGAAGGACUCCGGUGGCCUGGGCUACAAGAUUGUGUCUGGCGGCACGGACAACCACCUUGUUCUGGCAGACCUCAAGCCCCAGGGCAUAGAUGGAGCGCGUGUGGAGCGAGUGCUGGAGCUUGUCGGGGUCGCGGCCAACAAGAACACGGUGCCCGGUGACAAGUCGGCGCUCACGCCCGGUGGCCUGCGCAUGGGCACGCCAGCGAUGACGACACGGGGCUUUGGAGCGGACGACUUUGAGCGCGUGGCCGACAUUGUGGACCGUGCCGUGACGAUCGCGGUGAGGGUGGACAAGGCGGCACGCAAGGCUGCCGAGACCAAAAAGGAGAAGAACCCCGGCAAGCUCAAGCUGUUCCUGGAACAUCUCGGCACUGGCGAGACGGAUCCGGAGAUCGUGCAGUUGAAGAGCGAGGUAGCCGACUGGGUCGGUACAUACCCUCUACCCUGGGACAUCAAGGCAUGA